AUGCUUCUUUUCGUCGCAUGUUUGCUGCCUCUAGUGGCGAGUGCGCCACUCGAUUCACAAAUGAUCAUCGAAACACCAACAAAUUUAAUUCUAGAUGUCCGUAACGACAUCCUAACGGACGUUCGAUUUGUUGAAGAUUCAAAUCAUACGGUAGUAGACCUGUCAAAUUCUUCUCUUCGCGGAUUGGAAAAAACCGUUUUCAAUUAUGUGCUCGAUGUGAAGUCGCUCAUUUUAGCCAACAAUUCGUUAACUUCUCUGCCGGAGUUUGUCUUUUCCAAUCUAUCGAGAUUGAGGAGCCUGUCACUGUCAGGUAAUCAAUUAUCAAAGACCAAAAAUCUAUUUGUCGGUCUAAAGAAUCUGCAAUUACUGGAUAUCUCCUGUAAUUUUAUUGAAAGUUUAUGGCAAGGAGAACUAUUUGGUCUCACCAGAUCCGUCAAGAUUCUCACCAACGAAAAUAAGUUUCGGAUGAUUAGCACAGACAUGUUUGCUAAUUCCUCCUUCAAGGAAAAGAAACGGAAGACACUAGUGACGAUAAUUAGAAACGACCUGGCUUUUCUACAGAACUGUAAAGAGGAGAAGAAAAGAAGAAAUGACGACUGUGCGGAUAAAUGCAAUAUAGAAUGGCUAUUCAUGCCUCCAGUGAUCGUUAAAAUUCUUAACGAGGACACUCGAAUAAAAAUCUGCAAAUUGGAUGGUAUUGUGACAACAUUGGCGGUCAUUAAGAAAGAUGAAGAGCUCGUUGAAGGAUGCAUUCAAGUAUUUGUCAACAUAUCUGAGAGGCAAGUAGAUCUUAGGGAGCAGGAUAUCAGAGGUUUUCAGGAGAAUUGGUAUCAGUUGCAAUCGCUGCCAAUUUUUUCAUUGGAUCUGUCGAGCAACAAUAUCACCGAGAUUAUAAAAGAGACGCUGAACAGUUUGCCGGUUGAUCUGACGUAUGUAAACCUUCUAGGCAACAAUAUCCAUAGAAUCCGUAGUCAAGUGAUCGAAAAUUAUUAUCUGAAGACCAUUAACCUUAACUACAAUCUGAUCAAAAAAAUUGAAGAGGAUGCAUUUAAAAGAACGAACUUACGGGAACUAUAUGUGGAUAGUAAUCAGCUGAAAAGUUUCGACUUUGUCACCAGUCUACCGGAUACUUUGGAGGGAUUUGUUGUGAGCGGAAAUCACAUAGCAUUUAUUCCUAACGGUGUUUUCUCCAAGCUCUGUCGUCUGAUCUCUUUAAAUCUCAACUACAACAAAAUCAAAGCAUUGCAGACUGAUGUUUUUCAAGGUUUAAAAUCUUUGCAAAUGUUGAAUUUGAGGGGCAAUAAUAUAUUGACCAUCGAGCAUUCCGCUUUUAGAGGACUGAGGAAUCUCCAUAUGAUCGAUCUGCAUAGCAAUUCUUUACGUGAACUGCCGAUAAACACCUUCGCCGGAUUGACGUCCCUGACGUAUCUGGAUCUCACUAAUAACAACAUCACGAAAGCCAUGUUCGCCGAUCUUCCGUCAUCCGUUAGUUUAUUGCUCCUGGAUUAUAAUGAUAUUAAAGUGCUCGAGGAAGGCAAUUUUGUUCGAAUCCCGAAAGAUACUUUGUCAUUGACUGGAAGCAGAAUCACAAAAAUAAAACGCGGCGCUUUUAAUCUAUCCACACUCACGAGUCUGUAUUUGGAUAAAAAUCUCUUGACGACCAUUGAAGGCGAUAGCUACGAAGGUUUGGGUCGGUUAAAGCUCCUCUCGCUCUCGGAAAAUAACAUAUCAAAGAUUCGCAAGGGCGCUUGCAACAAUCUGGGCAGUCUUGCUACGUUGGACAUAUCUAUAAAUCCAUUUGAAAAGUUGGAAAACGGCUCUCUUCACGGCCUUGACACUGACUACCGUACUAGAAUAUAUAUUUGCGCAAAUAAUUUGAAAGAGAUACAAGGCGGAGUUUUCGAUGAUCUUUAAUAAAACUUAUAUCAUUACUAGUAUGCCCUGUCUCGGCUUCGCUCGAGAUAAUAAUGUGAUUGAUCUUACGGAUUAGAAGUGAAUUAUUCAAUCGACAUCUCGCGCGCCCCCUAUUAUACAUUGUUGGUACUACGUCAGAAACCUUUACGCAAGUGCCAACAACAACUGUACCAAGUUUUAACUUAAUUAGUUGAAUGAUGCGCGAACGCAUAAAGCCCGAACACAUAAACAAAUUCAUUUUUAAAUAUUAUAUUACAUUGCUCGUAGUAAACUAUUCACGGAGAAAGUUAGAAGAACAUCAAACAUGGGGAUCACUAUGCUUUUUUACAUAGAUGCCAUUUGUAAAAAAACAUGGUGACCUCCAUGACUGAUUUUCUACUACCGUUACUUCUUAAUAUAAUGAAAUUAAUAUUUACGAACGAAGACAGAAACCUUAAAGCUGGUAUAAAAAUCGACUGAAUUGGGAUUUGAAGAGGAUGGACUUUGAACACGAUUGGUCAAAAUUUUUGUACAGUUGAUAUUAAGUAGAAAUCAAUACAAAAGAAUUAAUUUUAAAUUUUAUUAUUUUUGUUAUUCAAGUUUGUAACAAAUGAGUAUAUUACAAAGUUGUUAGUAAAUAACAUGUGACACUUAAACUUAUAAAUGAGGUAGGUAGGGCAGAUAGUUUUAAAUUUGUAGCAAUAAAAUAUAUUAUUUUGAAUUAUAAAUACUUUUACUUUCAAUUCAAUUUAGCACUAAUCGGUGCACAAUAUUUUUGGUUAACCUGUCUUUAGCUAACACAAAUAGAUUCGACGGUUUUCCUACACGUGAACAUGCAACAUAUAGUUGCCCAUGAGAAAAACAUGGAUUUUCCAAAUCUAAAUCACAAAUGGACAUUGUUUGACCUUGAGACUUAUUUAUGGACAUGGCAAAAGCUAAACGAAUUGGAAACUGUAGCCUUCUGAAGGGUAUCGUAGAAUCUGACGGUAUCAUUGGAAUACGUGGCAACAGGACCACUUCUCCUUUAAACUUUCCAGUUAAAAUGGUUGCUUCAAGAAUAUUUCCGGUGAUUUUUUUGAUGACCAAACGCGUACCGUUGCAUAAUCGAGGUGGAUUCAAAUUACGCAAAAGAAUGAUAGGUGAACCAAUCUUUAAUCGAAGAUUAUGUGGUGGCAUUCCAGGUAUAUCCAGUGAAUUCAAAAAUUCAAUUGGGAAAUUUACACUUUCAUUUUCAUCAACAACAGUAUCGAUUGAUUUAAAAGACAUCAGAUCGCCUGGUAACAACUGUUGUAUCUGGAAGUUAAUUUCGUCAACAUCAACAUUUUUGGCUGCCAAAAUAGCCCGAUCACUGAGCCAGUUAUGAUUCAAGUAAUUACUCUGUAUAUCCGGGAAAAUACUCUGAAUCAAUUCAUUUUUUCCGUGAAGAACAGUGCAGAAAUUGUCUGGCAGUUUAAUGCAUUGCGUAUUUGGUUGCAGUUCUAUUUUACCGUUCCCAAUAUCUAGUAAUUGUUCGGAAAAUAUUUGUGCUGAUGGAUCAUUUUGCAAUUGUAUGCGCAUAUUUAUAGUCAAUCGAAGUGUUUCAACACUUCGCCAUAAGAAUGAUUGUUUUAAACAUGCAUUAAUCUCAUCCGCGAAAGUAGAGCGAGGUAUAACCGGUAAGGUCUGUCGGAAAUCACCAGAUAAUAGUAAGAUAGCACCACCGAAAAGUUUAUCAUUGCCUUUUAAAUCUUGCAUAGUUCUAUGCAAUGCCUCAAGUGAAUAUUUGUGUGCCAUUGUGCACUCAUCCCAAAUUAUGAGUGAACUCUUCCGCAACACUGCAGCUAUUCCACUAUUCUUUUUUAUGUUACAUAAUGCGUUUGGCUUAUUAUGAAUGUCCAAUGGCAGCUUGAAUGUUGAAUGUGCCGUUCGCCCACCAUCUAGCAAAGUAGCCGCAAUGCCAGACGAUGCGACUGCCAAUGCGAUUUUCUGUUGUGACCGUAUUUUGGCAAGAAUCAACGAUAUUAAAAAUGUCUUACCGGUUCCACCUGGUGCGUCCAAGAAAAAAAAACCGCCUUGUUCAGCAGCAACACCCAGCAUAAUCCGAUCAUAAAUAAUUUUUUGUUCUGCUGUCAGUAGUGGCUCACUGUUCACGAUAAUUGUUGCUAAAUUACGAUGGUCAUAUUGUUUUUCUCGUUGUAAAUCGGUAUUGACUAAGUCGGCGGCUGGACGAGCAGGUAAUGGCAUACCAUAAUGAUUAAGUGGUAAAUUUGAAAUUAAAACACAUAAAUCCUCGAUCAACACUAACGCUUCAUUAUACAUCUCAGGCGUAUAAUCUAUGUUUUGGCAUUGAUCUGUUUGUCUAAUUCGGUGCAAUAUGUCUUCUGUCAUACAAUUUUUAUAUUUUUCCCACAAAGUGUGUGCUUGUGAUGGAUAACAUGUCGUCAAAAUAAUUGCAAACAGCUGACGAAUGUUAUUGGGCGUUGAUGUCAACGCAGCAUCAGCAAGCGUUAAGUCCCAAUGGUUAUCGUCUUCUAGCAAUUGCAGUUCACGACAUGCAUCUUGGUAUGUAUUGAAUACUCGGCCGUUGACUGUUCGCAGAAAUUCAAAAGACGUUGGUCCGGGAACAUUCACCAAUAAUAAACGUAAAUAGAAGCUCUCACGUUGCUUUGGAUUUACCGUGUAAAGUCGCCCCAAUGUCUUAGCUUUGAAUAUGCCUGUAACGGAAGGAUGUGGUUUUCCUUGUUUUCGUGGCACCCAUUUUUUACCAGAUUUGUUCCAUCUGAAAUAACGUGGAACAUCAGUAUAUAUCAAUGUCUUUGCGAAUUGGCCAAAAAUGUCAGAUCUUUGACACAAUGUAAAAAACUCAGUUAGUGUCGUUUUUGGAGCCUCAAGCGCUCUUUGGAGAACAUUUUCUUCAGUGAAGUAUACACGUUGACCGUUUUCAAGAUGUAUUGCUAGAUGCUGGACAGCAGGGUCUCUUUCGUGUAUGGAAAAGCUAAGAAUAUGCCAAAUAGCUUCGUUGCUGCUGAUGUAUCUACCCAUUUGGUAUCGUGUAAUUUCGUCAUUUUCAUUUACAUUUUGUACUCCAAACAUGGCCAAAUCACUGGCUUUAUUUACAUAUUUACAAAUGUACUUAAUUGAUUUUACAGAACUGCAAAGCUCGACAUUGAUAUGAGCCUCAUAAGUUUUUGAAAGUAAUGGUGAGUAUGGUACCACCCACCGAUUAUCAAAUUCUACUUGAUUUGUAGAAUUCGGCAGUCGCAUCGUGAAUGUGUGGCCACCAUUCUCAGUAUUUCUGUGUCGAUACAUUGGAUAACCGUCAAUAUCCGUGAUAGUGUCAUUCGUAUGCGGCUUUGGGAAAUUUUUCUUACAUUUUCCAUUUUCCAUGCAUGGUAAUGUCAUGUUGAAAGCACCGCACGGCCCGUGGAUCAUGUGUUUGGUAACAAUAUCAAAUAAUUCUUGAUCAAUUGAUCGGUCUGGAAUUUCAGCUGAAAUUAUUUGAUCAAUUUCUUCUGGAUGGAUUUUAUCUUGAAGCCAAAUUAAAAUGUGGGCAUGAGGCAAACCUCGCUUUUGCCACUCAAUCGAAUACAGCCAACAACGUGUGAUACCAAAAACUGAAUAUUUAACAAUAAAAUCAAUUAAGGAUUUCAAUUUUUGUUUGAACACACGUGCAGUUAUAUCAUGACGAUGAAUUACUUUUUGUCCUGGUAAUAGUAAAGUUUGUAUCUCUUUCCAAUUCGGAUUGCAUGUAAAUGUUAUAAACAAAUUUGGUCGGCCGUAAUGACGUACGUAAGUCAUCGCAUCUUGUAUGUAUUCCUGCAUGUUCCGUGGACUGCCGAUGUAGCUUGAAGGUAAAAUGAAAGCAUUACCGAUGUCAUUGGGGUUUAAAUUUCCGUCGAUGUUUCCAACAACAGCAUCUCGUAAGUGAAUGUAUUCUUCCGAUCGUAAUUUAGCCUGGUUGUAUCGAAUGAAUCGCAAGCGUUCGCUUUCAACCUUAGCAUACAUAUCAACAAUGUAUUGAUGGAAUAGCUGACGAUAUCGAUGGAUGUAGUUGUCCUGAUUAUGUCUAAUCAUCAAUCGGUGUGCGUAGUAGUUCAUUGAACUAACUUUUUUAUCUCUUUGAGCACCUAAAAAAAAAUAAGAAAUAAAUUAAAAUAAGAAAUUAAAAAUCGUACAUACAGUAAGAAAAUAAAUAGUUAAUAGUCAAAUUUACCGGUAUUUGGAUCACACUGUUUGAUGUUAAGGUGAUAUUCAUCCUGUCCUUGCCAAAAUAUUAAUGGAUAUUGCAGUGCGUCAUAUGAACGGUGUAGAUCCGAAAUCGUACUAACAGUGUUGUCUCGCCGUGUAAUUUUUAUAGCUCUUUUGUCAACUGGAUCACCAACCAUAAUAACAGCAACCUCAUCAAGAGUUGGAGCGUUGAAUCUGCCAGCAUGUUCACCUAAUGGGACUUUGUCGGCUUUUAUGACGAUUUGAUAGUUGUCAUUUUGCAAUCGUGGCGAAACUCUUUUAAUCAAUUGAAUUAGUUGAUUCUGAUCUUCUAAAAAAUUUUCCAGCAAUAUCACAAUUGCUCUUUCCUCUGCUUGUUCAAUGAAAUUAUACUGGCACCGAGUUGUCACGCGCUCUUCACAAUUGUCCAUAAAAUAAAUUUGAAGAAAUUUCGGAUCAUUAUCAGGCAUUGGCAUCAAUGACCCGAUUUUAUGGUACACCUGGCCUUGUAUUUUGAAUGUAGUUUCAAAAUUACGUCCAUCGGAUGCGAGAUCGCAAAUUUUAGUUGCCCCAAAUGACGUCAUUUGGAAGCAAGAAUUAAAUUUGCGUAUCUUACGCAAAAAUAAUUUUGAAUCAUCUGAAUCGCCAGCAAGAAGGAAUAAUAAAGGUUCCGGCGGAGUAGGAAGAGAUGACAGCACAACUUUUCCUGAUGCGCAGCACAUGCCGGGUGUUUCAUUCUGAAAUUUCAAUGCCUGACAAUAUUGACAUACUUUAUCCAUUGCACCGAUAGCAAUUUUUGAAUGCGCAGAGUAGUUAAUAUUUGGUGCAUAUUCGAAAGCAAGACGAACAAAUGAUGCACAUGUUAAUGAGCGGCUGGUCCGCUGCCUCUGUCGUUCUUGUGCUCGUGCUGUAGCUAUGUUUUGUUCUCGUGCCGCUCUUGUUCUCGCAAUAGUCUGUCGCAGACGUUCGUCACGCUGUUCUUGAGAUUCUUGUG